UCAAAAGGAAGUCAAAUAAGCAAACUGCCACGAAGGUUCAGUGGAAUACCAAACAUUGGAAAAUUCUAUUUGACAAUAUUCUAGUCUGCUCCACGUUUCGUGUAUAAAACAGCAGAAAACAGUCCUCAAUGGGUGAUCUCUCAGUAACCUCAGGCCGCAAUUCUCUGGUCCCGAGUUUCCUGUACAAGAAGGAUGUGGUUGAAUCUUCGCCGUCGACGUCGUUAUCGAGGUUCAUGGUUGCUUCACCGAGCGAGCGUGGCAAUUCUAACAUCACGAUGUACUCGCCGGCGUUCUACGGUGCUUGCGCCGUGGGUGGAUUUCUCUGCUGUGGUCUGACUCACAUGGCGGUUACACCUCUUGACCUUGUCAAAUGUAAUAUGCAGGUUGAUCCUGCUAAGUACAAGAGCACUACCUCUGCAUUUCAAAUCAUGUUCAAGGAGCAGGGAUUCAGGAGCUUUUUCCGAGGAUGGGUGCCUACAUAUUUGGGUUACAGUGCACAGGGUGCCUUCAAAUAUGGGCUCUAUGAGUACUUUAAGAAGUACUAUUCUGACAUUGCUGGUCCAGAGUAUGCAUCUAAGUAUAAGACAUUGAUCUACCUCGCUGGUUCAGCUUCAUCCGAGGUUAUUGCAGAUGUUGCACUUUGUCCAUUCGAGGCGGUCAAGGUUCGGGUUCAAACUCAGCCCGGUUUUGCUCGAGGCCUUGCAGACGGGCUACCAAAAUUAGUCAAAUCUGAAGGAGUUGCAGGGUUAUAUAAAGGAAUCGUGCCUCUGUGGGGAAGACAGGUUCCAUAUACAAUGAUGAAGUUUUCUUCUUUUGAGAACAUUGUUGAGAUGAUGUAUAAGCAUGUCAUCCCCAAACCAAAGAAUGAUUGCAGCAAAACCCUGCAACUUGGAGUGAGUUUUGCCGGUGGAUAUCUAGCUGGUAUAUUAUGUGCGGUUGUAUCUCAUCCUGCUGAUAACCUCGUCUCUUUCUUGAACAAUUCAAAAGGGGCAACAGUUGGUGAUGCGGUAAAGAAUCUUGGACUAUGGGGUCUGUUUACCCGUGGCCUUCCUCUUCGAAUUCUUAUGGUUGGAACUCUCACCGGAGCUCAAUGGGGAAUUUAUGAUGCAUUCAAAGUUUCUGUGGGACUGCCAACGACUGGUGGUGUUGCUCCUGCUGUUGUUCUUACUCCCACUACUUAGCUUUCAAAGAUGUUAAAUUUCCCACUGCAUAAAGAUUUCAUUGAUCAUUUCAGAAAAGAAGAAAACUAGCGAAUCAGGAGGACUUUAAAUAAAAUUGAGGAGUGGUGACUUUAGACUUUAGAGGAACUAAGUAUUAGUACUUACUGCUUUUAGUUAUAGUUAUAUUUAUAUUGUAAUGGGUAGGAUUUGAAUUGUUUUUUAUAUAUAGUAUUAUAUACUCCCCAAUUUUAAAGUGAGUGUUUUUUAAUUUUUUACUAA